AAGCUUUUUCCAUAUUAUUCCAAAUAUAAACCACCCGUCUCUUUUACCACGAAGAAGUCCUGGCAUCGAUCACAAUCACUACUAUAAGGUGCAAUUGUCCAUUAAUCCAAGUGGAAAAAUGUGAAGCACCUGUGGGAGGAUUGAGCUGACAUCUGAUUAAAUGAAUGAAGACUCUAUGACUCAGUUGUGAGAUAAAAACUUGCACCUGUACAGGAAUGUUGCAGCUCUUUUGCAGUUUCAACCAAAAGUCUAAAUUCAGUCUGAUUCCAUCUGAACCUUUUCUAGUUUUUUCAUAAUUUCGUCUCCACCUACUCACCAAAAACUGGUGCAUGCUGAGCUGAAGUCUUUGUGAAACUAGGCUGUACUCCGUUUGUUCCGGCUGGUUUUUGAUGUACUUCCACUAAAAAGCAUUGAUCAAAGUGAUGAGGCUCCUCAACAACAUCUGAAGAACUUUUCCUGAAACCUGUUCACUGUGCUGGUGCCAACACCGAGGACGAAGGUGGUGGUGAGUUCGAUCAGAUGGCAGGGGAAGAUGCCGCGUAGACCUGACAGACCCAAACGCAUAGUGAGGGCCUGCUGGGAACGCCUGGUAGAAGAACCUGUUAAGACGGUCUUCAACUCCCACCUCUGGCAGAGCUUUGACCGCAUCCCGAGAGCAGUGAGGGACAUAGACUCCGAGUUGGCCUUGUUCCACUCUGCGAUUGUUGAGGCGGCUGUUGCUAGCUGUGGUCGUAAGGUGGCUGGUGCCAGUCGUGGUGGCAACCCCCGUACCCGCUGGUGGACACCAGAGGUUCGGGGAGCCGUCAGGCUGAAGAAGGAGGCCUACAGGGCGUGGCUAGUCUGUGGGUCUCCGGAGGCAGCAGACAGGUACCGGAUAGCCAAGCGGGGUGCAGCAGUGGCAGUUGCCGAGGCAAAAUCUCGGGCAUGGGAGGAGUUUGGUGAAGCCAUGGAGAAAGACUAUCGAUCGGCUCCAAAGAAGUUCUGGCAAACUGUCCGGCGCCUCAGGAGAGGAAGGCAGCAACUCGCUCACACUGUUUACAGUGGGGACGGGGAGCUGCUGACGUCAACUGAGGCUAUAGUCGGACGGUGGAAGGAAUACUUUGAGGAGCUCCUCAAUCCAACCUACGCGCAUUCCGAGGAGGAACCAGAGCCGGGAGACCUGGGUAUGGACUGUCCAAUCUUGGGGGCAGAAGUUGCUGAGGUAGUCAAACAACUACUCAGCGGCGGAGCCCCGGGGGUGGAUGAGAUUCGUCCUGGGUAUCUCAAGGCUAUGGAUGUUGUGGGGCUGUCAUGGUUGACACGUCUCUCCAACAUUGCGUGGUCAUCGGUGGCAGUUCCUGUGGCGUGGCAGACCGGGGUGGUGGUCUCCAUCUUUAAGAAGGGUGACCUGAGGGAGAGUUCCAACUAUAGGGGGAUCACACUCCUCAGCCUCCCUGGAAAGGUCUACUCCAAGGUACUGGAGGGUCUGAUCGAUAGUUGAAUCUCAGAUUGAGGAGGAGCAAUGUGGUUUUUGUCCUGGCCGUGGAACUAUGGACCAUCUCUAUACCCUUGCAAGGGUGAUGGAGGGGGCAUGGGAGUUUGCCCAACCAAUCCACAUGUGUUUUGUGGAUUUGGAGAAGACUUAUUACCGUGUCCCCAGGGGCACCCUGUGGGGGACGCUCCAGGAGUAUGGGGUGGGUGGCUUUCUGUUAAGGGCCAUUCAGUCCCUUUACCAGAGGAGCGUGAGUUUGGUCCGCAUAGCCGGUAGUAAGUUGGACCUGUUCCCGGUGAGGGUUGGACUCCACCAGGGCUGCCCUUUGUCACCGGUUCUGUUCAUUACCUUUAUGGACAGAAUUUCUAGGCGCAGCCGUGGUGUGGAGUGUGUCGAGUUUGGUGGCAGGAGAAUCUCGUCUCUGCUUUUUGCGGAUGAUGUGGUCCUCCUGACUUCAUCCAGCUCUGACCUUCAGCUCUUGCUGGGUAGGUUCGCGGAGUGUGAAGCGGCUGGGAUGAGGAUCAGCACCUCCAAAUCUGAGACCAUGGUUCUCAACCGGAAAAGGGUGGCUUGCCAACUCCGGGUCGGGGGAGAGGUCCUACCUCAAGUGGAGGAGUUUUAAGUAUCCCGGGGUCUUGUUCACGAGUGAGGGUAGGAGGGAUCGGGAGAUCGACAGGCGGAUUGGUUCAGCAUCGGCAGUGAUGCGGACGCUGAGCUGAUCUGUUGUGGUGAAGAGGGAGCUGAGCCAGAAAGCCAGGCUCUCGAUUUACCGGUCGAUCUACGUCCCAGUCCUCACCUAUGGUCACGAGCUUUGGGUAAUGACCGAAAGAACGAGACUGCGGAUACAAGCGGCCGAAAUGAGUUUCCUCCGUAGGGUGGCCGGGCUCAGACUUAGGGGUGAGGAGCUCGGACAUUCGGGAGGGACUCGGAGUAGAACCGCUGCUCCUCCGGAUCGAAAGGAGCCAGUUGAGGUGGUUUGGGCAUCUGGUCAGGAUGCCUCCUGGACGCCUCCCCGGGGAGGUGUUUCGGGCAUGUCCUGCCGGCAGGAGGCCCCCGUGUCGGGUCGACCCAGGACACGUUGGAGAGGUUACAUCUCCAAUCUGGUCCGGGAACGCCUUGGGGUCCUGCCGGAGGAACUGGUGGAGAAGGCCGGGGAGAGGACGGUCUGGAGCUCCCUAGUUGGGAUGCUGCCCCCGCGAACCUGACCCGGAUAAGCGGAGGAAGAAAAAGGAAAGGCGACGAUGACUCCGGACUCAUGUUCUGCUGAUAUCUUUUGGCUGAACUAGUCUUUUUCUAUCUGUUGUGUUUGGUUUUGUAGGUCUGCUUGUGUUGUGUUUUUUCAUUGUUGCUAUUAUUUUUUCUGUUAUGCCUUUGAUGUAUGGAAGAGUUAUCACUGGUUUUUGUUGUUCUUUUCUUCCUGUUGUUGUUUUCCUUUGUUUAUUGCCCAUGCUGGGCAUCCACAGGUUUUUAAAGCAUUUUUAUGUGUUGGUCCUCUUGUUUACAGUCUCGUUCUUCUGUUAUUAUGUUUGCUUGGUGCGUGUUGGUUUCCUGUUUGUGUUCAUGUACAGGGUCCCAUAUUUUUGUCUGCUUACUUUCAUGUUCAUGAAAGUUAUGCUGCCUUCUAUUUCUUCCUCAUAAGUGUUAUGUUGCUUGUGUCGUUGAUAUUAUUCAGGUGUUCUGUCAGUGUCUUUGUUUUUCCUGUUGGUAUGAUCUCUAGUAUGUCAUCUGCGUAGCGUAAAGGGUGGCUGAUAAGGUGUUAACCAUGGCGAAGCCUUCCAGCUUGUAUAUGGUUCUGCCAUAUGUUGGUGUACCAAUGCUGUCUACUAUUGGUCUAAGCGGAGCAUUCUGUUUGUGUAAUUUUGGAGUUCCUUAAAUUCCAUUACAAAUGAUUGCUGCAGGAAUCAGGGGCCACUGGCUAAAUGCGGGUAAAUUGAUGAAGUGGCGGGCUUAUUGGCACAAUGCACACGCCACAGUGGCGGGUCUCAAAUAUGAAGAUAAAGCAGCGUUGUUUAUACAACCGACCUGACGGGUGCAGCAACGCGCCCGUGAUGCCAUUAGUCUGCCAUUCUCAUCAAAAGAGGAACUGAACAGCCAACUGUCAAUAAAAAGCACAAGAAGAAGAAAUUUGUUUUUCUGUUUUCAUCAUGGCGGAGCCUGGAAGUAAAAGGUAACGACGAGGUUCCUCUCACUUCAGUCUGGACACACGAUGAGGUUGCAUGAUGAGGUUGCACAAAAGCUUUGGCGCAUUAAUUCUGCAAUGGUCUGCAAAGUCAGUCAUGUCAUGGACCUCCUGUUGUUGCAUCACAUCUUUACGCUCCUGCUGCAGACUCAUCUCUAUCAGAUCGACAGGGUCAGAGCUGGGAACCAGCCUCCACCUCCACAGAUAUAAACGACUCUGUCAAGGACUUCACAUUAGUAACGUGUAGACUCUUGUUUGGCAGCAUGCGCUUUAGAAUACCAGUGACAGCUGAGAGUUGUUGUAGGAACUAAUGUGCAACAUUUAGGCUAAAUACACCAAGCACACGUUAUGAGAUAAUUCGGUCAUCAUUCCAGUUUGGAGGUGCCGUGUUGUUUGUAGUUUGAAGUUUGUGCCACUAGGUGGUAGUAAAAUCAAAACAGAAGCGUGACUUUAACCUGGAACAGAACUUUUCUACAUUUCAGCAACAUGUUGUCUUAUUUCUUAACUUGAAGGACAUGUUUUCUUGUGCUGUCUGACAUAAAUACUUAGACAAAUCAGCGCUUUGAAAAAUACACAUAAAGGUGCAUGAGGCCAAAUAAAACAUGCACAUGUGUGUAAACAUGUUCACACAAUGUUACUCACUUUUUAUUUGAUGAGUUAAUCAGAGUUCAAUCUCUUUCUUAAAUAAAAUUAUUUUAUUACCUGAAGCCCAGAGAUGUUUGGUAGUAAUUGUCUGUGGAACAUUUUAAUAUCUCACCUGUUGUAGAAAGCUCUUUGAAUGACCUCAGUUUGGAGAAAGAGCCUCGUUCUAACCCGUGUUGGUAACCCAUGACGAUGCGAUCAUGGCUCAUGCUAAAACCAUGCUGUUAUACUUUUUACACAGAACGGUGGAAAUCCUCGUACUAGUGGCUGGUUCU